AAAUCGGCUCUGUGUGGCCAUACAUCAAACGCAGGCUACUGCUGAGGGUCUGAGGUAGGGCAGGGUUAGGGGUAGUGUGCUGGGUUAGGUUAUCAGUUCAAUGAGUGAAUGCAUUUGUGGGUCAGGCCAGGAUAGAUCGCGGUGCUGAGUAAUAUCAGUAGCUUGCUGCUUGACCCAGUGCAUUGAGCUCAAUACUUUGACUGCUGUCAGGUCACCGAGUUCCAGUUUGGAACGUGUGUGUGUGUGUGGAGAGAGAGGACCAGAAGCUGUGAGCCUCCCGCAGUUGGAUAACCUCGCAGGAACAAGCGCUCAGAAUGAGGUAUUGAAGGGCGGACGCCGGAUUCGACUCAUCGUUCGCCGGCAGAAGAGACCGGGAGGAUUUGAGUCUGUCGGGCUCUCGUUAUUUCGGAUGCUGCUGCCCUGCUGGGAAUUGCAGUUACUGGAAAGUGGAGGUAAAAGUGCUGUCUGUGGAGGAUUCCAUUAUAGCUGCUCGGUUUGGAGAAUAUACACUUUAACUGGGGAGGCCAUCUCCUUCUCCGUCCUUUUGCCAUCGGGUCUGCACAGAGGAGUGAACCACUGCAGAGGAAUGAGUCGUUACUGAAAGUAAAAGGUUGCAGUCUGAUCAUUUCUGCUCCAUCAGCCGAGACCUGUGCCAAACAUUACCAUGUUCCACAGACUCUCUUGCAUUCCACUCAGUCAAUGAGAAUAUGAGAAGUUAGUGUGAUACUGGUCUCCAAAUCUACAAAUGGAAUUGAGAUCAGUAUCUAGGGACUGAAUCUCUGAAUCUCAAAAUUUCAAUUGGUCCAAGUUUGCUCAUUGAUCCAUUUAAUCCUGAGGAAUUUGUCACAACACCCUGACUGCAUUGACCUUCCUGUGUGCCUUCCCCUGCACAAAAACUGAGCUACUGUAGCCGUGAGGGAGAAUCUCAUUCCCAGAACUGGAAAGGAAGAACCUUGGAUAAACGACUGACUCUGUUGGCCUGACACCCCGAGUGGGCAGGAAGGAUCGAGUUGACAGGAUGCUCAGUACCAGGACCAUGACCUGAGACCUGGUAAAAGAAAGCUCCCAUAAAACUGGAAGAAGUGGAGGAAACAGAGAUCCUAGUUAAAUAAAUGUUCUGCUCCAGGAGGAGAGACACCAGGCGGUUGGUUAAUAUGGCACCGGUUGAUGCCCCAUCAUUGAAGAGGCACGGGCACAUAGAUCAUACUCUGGGGUGCCACUCUUGCCAGGCGUUGGCUGUGAUGUGUGAUCUGAGGCGGGACAAGCAGCUUUGUGACGUGAUGGUGCGUGUGAUCCACAACGGGAAGGAGCAAGUGUUUGCCGCUCACCGGCUUGUCCUGGCCGCCAGCAGCCCUGUCUUCAGGGCCAUGUUCACCAGCAACCUGCAGGAGCACCAGGCUUCAGAGGUGAAGCUGGAGGGCAUUGAGCCCAGGGUGAUGGAGUGCCUCAUUGAGUUUGCCUACACCUCCUUGGUCUCAGUGGAUGAGCAGUGCGUGCAGCAGCUGAUGCUGGCCAGCAGCAUGUACCAAGUGGAGGGUGUGAUCAAUGCCUGCUCUGACUUUCUGGUCAAGAACAUGGACUCAUCCAAUGUCAUCGGCAUCUGCCACUUUGCCGAGCAGAUUGGCUGCACCAAGCUCCACCUGAAGGCCAAGGAAUACAUCAACAUACACUUCACUGAGGUGAUCAAGGAGGAGGAAUUCUUUAAUCUGACGCACUGCCAGCUCCUGGAUCUCGUCAGUCAGGAUCAGCUGAACGUGCUAUGCGAGACUGAGGUCUACAAGGCGUGUAUGGAGUGGGUGCGUUGGGAUCUGGAGGGGCGAGCACAGUACUUCCACGCCCUCCUUAAUGCCCUGCAGAUCUAUGCCUUGCCCCUCCGCUUCCUCAAGCACCAGCUGCAAGUGUGCCCGAUCCUGGACAAGCUCAAUCUGUGCCGGGAUUUCCUCUCCAAGAUCUUCCAAGAGAUGAAUCUACGUAAACAGCUGCCACCAGUCAAGCAGAGGGGGAACAAGCUGAUCUACGUGGCUGGUGGCUAUUGGCACCGUUCUGUGCCCAACAUGGAAGCAUUCAGUCCCAGGACAGGACAGUGGCUGAAAUUGGCAGAUAUGCCAGUGCCACGGAGCGGGACAGGCACCUGUGUGGUACUGGGGCUCUUUUACACAAUAGGUGGCAGGAAUAACUCACAGGGUGAGAAUGUGGACAUGAACACUCUGGACUGCUACAACCCAUUGACCAACAAGUGGACCCAACGGGCACCCAUGAGUGUGCCCAGGAACCGGGUGGGAGUUGGGGUGAUCGAUGGAGUCAUUUAUGCUGUUGGUGGCUCCUAUGGCUCCUUGCACCACCAAAGUGCAGAGAAGUAUGACCCUGAAACAAACGAGUGGAAGGAUAUUGCACCAAUGGGCACACGACGCAUAGGAGCUGGGGUGGCAGUGUGGAAUGGACUCCUCUACGUGGUUGGUGGAUUUGAUGGGAAUAACCGAUUGGACAGUGUGGAAUGUUACUGUCCUGAGAGGGAUGAAUGGAGCUCAGUCACCCCGAUGGGGUCUGUUCGUAGUGGAGCUGGUGUUGUCACACUGGGGAAUUAUAUCUACGUUGCUGGUGGUUACGAUGGUCGGGAGCAGAUUUCGUCAGUUGAACGUUACUGCAUAGAAGAUGAUAGGUGGGAGUGUGUCGCCAGUAUGAAGCACAGUCGGAGUGCAAUGGGAAUAACUGCAUUUCAGGGAAAGAUUUACACGCUGGGUGGCUUUAACCAGGAGGGGUUCUUGAACAGUGUCGAGUGUUACGACCCUGAGAAGAACGAGUGGACGGAGGUGACCACCAUGCCAACUGGGCGAAGCGGGGUGGGAGUCGCUGUCACCAUGGAGCCAUGUCCGAGGAACCUGACGCCCACCCAGACAAAGGAGGCAGUCGCCCCUGCCCUCAUUCCUGGUUGAUGUUGCAGAAAAUGUCUGGAGGUGGUUAUCCCCCCCCCCCCACCACCUCUGCUCCAUCCCACACUACUCCCUACUCUGGGGUUUCAAACUGUCCAGCUCACCCAGUACAAAACCUGCAGAGGAAGAGGAGUGAAAUCAGAAAAGAGCCUGCCCUGGGGACCUGGGGCUCUGCAAUAAACAGGAAAGCAGGAAGUUAAAUUUGGCAGGGAAUGAAACUCUGCUUUAAAGCAUCAAUUCUGGACAUGAAAAUGACUGCAGACCCGUUGUGUCUUUUUUUUUCCCUUUCGAACAGGAGCUGGAGGGAUAUCUUCCAGAUGGGAGGCAAGAUUUUCAGGACAAUUGCAUGAUAAUCUUAGUAAUACCCAAGUGUAUUUUUGCUUCACUUACUUUUACAUAUUGCAUAGUUGUAUAAUGAAUUUUUCAUUAAACCCAGUGAGUGGGAAGAGAGUGGGAGACAGAACCUGUUGAGUUUCAGCUUGAAAUGCACAAGCACUCCUGACCCCAGUUCUGGUCACAAACCUACCCAUUUUCCACAGUGCCCAGCCCUGGCUCCAGCUUCACACCCUGCUGGCACUCCAGGUCCCUGGCUUGCACUCCGGACGAAUGAGUGAGCCAGAUGCCGAACCAUCAGGAUUUCCGAAUAGUCGGAGUUUUACUGUAUUUGCCACCUUGAAUGAAGAAAUUGAUCCUCAUUUCAGCCCUACGUGGCCUAUCCCUCAUUUUGAGACUGACCCCUAGUUCAUCCUCCCCUUAUCUGUCCUGUUGAGCCCUCUCUGAAUUUGGUGAGGGUACCCUGCUGACAAUCUCAAUGUAAAUACUGUUGAUAGCUGUACAUUACUUCAGAUAUAUAAGUUAUAUUUCUUGUAGAAAAUUCUCAA